AGACCGGCGGGCCCGGGAGGAGAGGCGCGGAGGGGAGCGGAGCUAUGCUAAACCCGGGGUACCGCUGAGGCGGGGCGGGCCAGGCCAGAGGCGGGGGCUCUCCGGCGGCGGGCGCGCAGGGGCCCGGCUCCCGAGGCGGCGGCAGGCAGCAUCUCGGCGCGGGGAGCGGCUCCGCAGCCACCGGGCCAAUGAACAUGUCGGUGUUGACUUUGCAGGAAUACGAAUUCGAGAAGCAGUUCAACGAGCAUGCGGCCAUCCAGUGGAUGCAGGAAAACUGGAAGAAAUCAUUCCUGUUUUCAGCUCUGUAUGCUGCCUUUAUAUUUGGUGGUCGGCACCUAAUGAACAAACGGGCAAAAUUUGAACUGAGGAAACCGCUAGUGCUCUGGUCUCUCAGCCUCGCCGUCUUCAGUAUAUUCGGUGCUGUUCGAACUGGUGCUUAUAUGCUGUACAUUUUGAUGACCAAAGGCCUGAAACAGUCAGUGUGUGACCAGAGUUUUUACAUUGGACCUGUCAGCAAAUUCUGGGCAUAUGCAUUUGUGCUAAGCAAAGCACCCGAACUAGGUGAUACUAUAUUCAUUAUUCUUAGGAAACAGAAGCUCAUCUUCUUACACUGGUACCAUCACAUUACUGUGUUACUUUAUUCUUGGUAUUCCUACAAGGACAUGGUGGCUGGCGGCGGCUGGUUCAUGACCAUGAACUAUGGAGUACACGCUGUUAUGUACUCUUACUAUGCCUUGCGGGCUGCUGGCUUCAGAGUCUCACGCAAGUUUGCCAUGUUCAUCACCUUGUCGCAGAUCACUCAGAUGUUGAUCGGUUGCGUGAUCAAUUACCUGGUCUUCUCCUGGAUGCAGCAGGGCCAGUGCCAUUCCCACGUGCAGAACAUCAUCUGGUCCUCUCUCAUGUACCUCAGCUACUUUGUGCUCUUCUGCCAUUUUUUCUUUGAGGCCUAUAUUGGCAAAACCAGAAAAGAAAGGAAGGUUGACUAGUGGUAGAAACGAGAAGCCAUAGCUCAGGGUCAUCAAGAAAAAAAAAAUUAUAAGAAAAAAAAAGGCACAAGGAAACAUAUAUGUAUGGUGCAGCUAAAACUUGGCAGCUUAGGGAAAGUUAGCUUGGUUUAACCCAGUAAGUUUAUGAUCCUAUCAUGGUGAGGACUCACUGAAUUCUACUCUAUCUCAAAGGACUGCUGAUGAAAGACAACUUCCUUCUUGUACCUGUCUGCUCUAGAAAAGAAAGGUGGAAAGAAAGAAGGGGGAAAAAAAAGAAAAGAAAAAGGAAAGAAGAAAGAGAAGAAAAGAGAAGAAAAGAGAAAUGGAAUAAUGUUGAGGGGGGGGGAAAGUAUGUUAAAUAAGCAGUGUGUUUCCCCAGGGUGGAGGAGAGACUUUUAUUUAAAAAAAAAAAAAAUUUCUAAAUCUUUUCUAAUAAUUUCUCAGCAUUAAACUUGAACAAAAGCAGAAGUGACAAAAAAAAAAAUCUGUCUAUGAUAGCAGUAAGAUCGCAGAAUUAAAAUCUUUUCCAUAGAAGGUUGAUACCUUUAGCCAAAAUGAAGCUGAAAAGGAUGUUUCCUGCAUGGAAACUUGCUGAACUCCACACUGUGGUCAUGAAUGAAAAAGAGAAGAGAUUGAUUUCUCUGCUAUGUACUCUGUCAGGAGAGCAGAUCUGGGACACAGAGUCACCUCCCUCAGAAGGUGGAAAGGAGCAGUACUUUUACAAGAGUUUAAUGUGAAAAGAUGCACUGUUGCAAUACAUAUCUCAGAGAGUGCAUUUUCCAAGUGCAUUUUUCAGUUAAAGGCAAGGAAUUUCUACAGCAGGAUAAGUCAUAGAGGGUUAAAUCAAUCAAUCAAUAUUUGCUAAAUUAACAGGGGCUAAUAGCAGAGGGAUGUUCAGGAAGGAGAGGGAGACAACUCCCCUAAUGUGAUUUUUAGGAAUUAUCCGUUACUCUUAAUUUAGCCUGCAGCAGCACUGAAUUAAAUGGGGGAAAUCGGAAGAAAUCCUAGUUAGUGAGAAGAGAGUGAUAUAUCUGCCCACUGUUUUCAGAACAGAGCCCUGUGG